AUGGAAAUAUUCUCAUUAUCACAGGUAACCACAGAAAUAAAGGCCAUAAACAUUGUUUAUGUUUCAUUGACUGAGCAUAACUCAGGCUUCUACUGCCGUGUAUUUUCUCUGCAGAUCAAGGAUGUAGAAGUCCUCAACUGUGAAUAUGGCAAAAACACAAUUAAAUUCCUUCGCCUGCAUAGAGAGGGGAAGAAGCAUUUCGUUAAAGAAGUGGAAGUGUGCACACAUCUCCGUCUGACUUCUCCUCAGGAGUACCUGGAAGGAAACAACUCUCUUGUGAUACCUACAGACACCAUAAAGAAUAUUGUCCUUGUGUUGGCCAAAAAAAAUGGGAUCCCGAGUUUAGAACAAUUUGCUAUAGAUAUCUGCAAUCACUUCAUGACAACAUUUUGUCAAGUGGUGUACGUCAAAAGCUACGUUCAAGAAGUACCAUGGCAACGUCUGCACGAGAAUGGUGUUCCUCACAUCCACUCAUUCAUAUGUGUUCCUGAUGGGAUCCGCUUUUGUGAAGCUGAGCAGUGCCGAAAUGGUCCUCUGGUCGUCUUUGCUGGAAUUAAAGACCUGAAACUUAUGAAGACGACACAGUCUGGAUUUGAAGGCUUCUAUAAGAAUGAACACACCACACUUCCUGAAAGGCAUGACAGGAUUCUAUGUGGAGAGCUCUUCUGCAAGUGGUCAUAUGGCGAAUGCAAGGAUUUUGACUUUGACUGCAUAUGGAACAAAAUCCGUGAAUGUAUCCUUGAAGCCUUUUCCGGACCACCUGACUGUGGGGAAUAUUCACCCUCAUAUCAGAAAACUGUCAACUCUAUCCAGAUGCUUGUCCUUUCCAAAGUGUCACAGGUACAGGUCAUAGAAGUGGUCUUGAACAACACUUUCUAUAAUGUCCUAGACAUGAAGAAUCUAGGCUUGACCAAUGACAAAGAAGUUUUGAUUCCUGUGGAAGCUCCUUAUGGCUCCUGUGCUUGCACUCUUGGCAGGAAGAAGUUUUUUGAAGCACAAGGCCAUGUGCUGAAAGAUGAGAGGAAAUGUCAGUUUGGACUGGCAGCUGCCCAGGGAAACUAAACCUCUUGGCUAUGCUCACACCUUCCUGAUAAACUUAACAGCACAGCUUUCCUAUCAAUAUUUACUCCUUAUUGGCCUCUUCCAUUGCUGACUACUUUUCCCUCUAUGAACUCCUGAGGAUGGGAUUUAUGAAGAACCCUCAGAAAUUCGGAAAUCAAAGUCUGUUCCUGAAUUUCAGUGUGAUUUGCAGAUUGAAAUCCCCUACACUCUUUGGAAAAUCCCAGCUGAAAACAUUAUAGCCAAUUAAUUUUUAAACCAGCUAUUCCCAGACCUCUUAACGAAACAAAUAAUUUGAUAACUGCAAUAUUUUUUGACAUGUAAAAUCAGAAACUCUGUAUAUUCUAUUUAUUAAUAUUUCUUCAGUAAAAUGAAUAUACAGGCACAAGAUCUGCUGUUUCAUCAACAUAACCUGUCAUAACCCCUUGAUGCCACACCGACCUACAGAGCUGAGGUUCUGACCCAGUGACUGAACAGGGAAUCAGUCAGACAUGGAUUUCUUUGCAUAGGAAAUGAAAAACAGGAAAAAAAAGUAUCUCUCAUAUCUCCUUUGUGUUGUGAAUAUUUAACAGCUGUUGACUACUUUCUCUGCAUGAAUUCUGACUGCAUGCAUGCUGCUGCUGCUCAUCAGAUCAUAAAGUUACUAUAUAACUACUUCUAUAUUGAUCGCUGAGGUGUUUGAGGGUUUGGGCUAUCUCUGUAGGCUUAAUUAAAUAAUUUUCCUUAGUCUAAUAAUCUUAUCAUGACUUCUGAGCAGGCAGGAGUCAACCCAAGUAACCCUAUUAUUUUGAGGAGGGGUAGGCAGAAAGCCAGCCAGGCAGACAACGCUUAUGUUACUUUAGUUACCCCAGGUGAUGGCUUUGAACAUAGAGAUAAAACUAUACAGUCAACAGUUCUCAUCUUGCAAACUGGGCUGGCACAUUUGCAACAGCAAUCUCGCUCUGCUUCUAACAGUGUCUGACCACUGCUCCCACUCUCUCCGAGCACCAUUUUCACAGACUCCAUGUGACAGUAUACAAGUCCAAUGGGAAGUGCCCAAAGCAACUUCUAAAAACUGCAAUUCAGUUGCCUUUGUGCCUCUGGAGUUUGGCAGACCUGCAGCAUUCCUCUGGGUACAAUUAUUAAGUUCACAGGUACCAAGUAUGAGAGAGAGGUCCUGCACUGUGUGACAUUCUGAGGUGCUUUGCAAGAUAGAAACUUGCCUGGGUGAGCAGGACAUAAGAGAGGCAAAGGGAAGACACUGUUCAGCAGCCUGAGGUAUCUCCUGAAAAACAACAGGAUAAAUGACACCACAGAGUGAAACUGUCCCAGAUAUGAUGUUCUCUGGUCACUAGCCAAUUCUGAAAGCUUUAUUUACUACACUUCUAGCUUUUGCUGCAGACAUUCUUGCUUACCUUGUUAGAUUGUGUUGUAUUGCACUUGUGGGCUUACGUCUCGCUACUUCUGCCAUUUCUAGGUGCUUGUAAUUUAUUAAUGUAUCUUUUAUGGGCGAAUAAAGAGCAACAUCAAAAAACAA